AUGACGUUAAGACAGUGGCGCCGAAAACUGGUCAUCACUUGUCUUCUGGUGGCGUUGAUUGUUGUCCUCUAUUGGAAUCACAAGAGACUGACCGCCGAUUUGCGCUCAUUGGACGCCAGGAGACGGGUCGGCAGUGGAGGCGCCGGCGGUGGCAGUGAUGGCCGUCACAGUCCGUCGGCUCAGGAGUCGGCCGUUGACGACAGGCCCGUAGCCGCCGACGAUCUAACGUGGCGUCUGUUGACCACAAUUGACACCAAUAUCAUCGACAUUGAGGGCGUGUACGACAAGAAACUGGUCGACUUGUCUGAGCUCAAGAAGUGCGACCUCUGUCUCGGCAUUGACUUCUGUCACACUCUGGUCACCAAUCUAUUGGUCACUACAGCGCCAGCGCUUCCCUCCUAUAUAUCGUUGAGAAACGCUGUGAUGAAGACGACGAACGAGAAGAUAACUCUAAUGAGUCAGUCGUCGGACAAGUGGUCGCGCUUGGAGUCGAUUGUCUGCGCCAACGCUUCUCAAAGAGUGGCCACUUGUGACCACUCGCUGGCCGUUCGCAACUCAUUUAUGGCCAAAUCAGAUCUCUUCGCGAUCGACAACUAUCGGCAUCUGUUCCGACAGAUUGUGAUGCAAAUGCGCGCAAACGGCGGACACCAACAAAAUGAACUAUAUUUACAGGGAGUGUUCACUCAGUGUACGACCAAAAAGUAUUUACAAUUAUUGCAAAACAGUUUUGAUACCAAUGAUGACAAACGGGUGGAUCUGUCGGAACAAAGCCAUCUGUUGAGC